AUGUUUCGUGAAGAAGGAAACCGACUGGUGUAUGAGUACGACUCUGAGCAACUCUGGAUUGAGCCAUGGGGCGAGAACGCGUUUCGAAUCCGAGCCACGAAAUGCGCCACCAUGCCGACGGAGAGUUGGGCUCUCGGCGAGAGGUUAGCCGCUUCAACUACUGGCCCGCAGAUCUCCAUCUCUUCCUCCUCUGCAAGCAUCAACAAUGGCAAAAUACGGGCUGUGAUUUCCAGAUUUGGAAAGCUCACUAUCUCCAACUCCAAGGGCAAAGUCCUGCUUGAGGAGUAUACACGCACUCGUCGGGAUAUCCUCGAUCCAAAAUGCAGCGCCAUUGAGGUUGAAGCUCGGGAAUUCAAACCCAUCCUAGGUGGCGAUUACCAUCUCACCCUGCGACUGGAGAGCAUCGACCCAAAUGAAAAGAUCUUUGGCAUGGGCCAGUAUCAGAUGCCAUACCUCGAUUUGAAAGGCCAUGAUCUGGAACUAGCUCAUCGCAACUCCCAGGCCAGUGUGCCCUUUGCACUAUCGUCCCUCGGAUAUGGCUUUCUCUGGAACAAUCCCGCAAUCGGGCGUGCCGUCUUGGGGAAGAACAUCAUGAGCUUCGAGGCCUAUUCAACUAAAGCUAUGGACUUUUGGAUUGUGGCAGGAGAUUCGCCCUCCGAAAUCGAAGAAGCUUAUGCCAACGCCACAGGCAAAGUCCCUAUGAUGCCAGAAUUCGGCCUAGGAUUUUGGCAGUGCAAGCUGCGGUACCAAACGCAAGAAGAGCUUCUUAGUGUGGCGAGGGAGUAUAAGCGCCGCAACUUACCGAUCGAUCUUAUUGUGAUUGACUUCUUCCACUGGCCUAAGCAAGGAGAGUGGAAAUUUGACCCUGUAUACUGGCCAGAUCCAGCCACAAUGGUUAAGGAGUUGAAAGAGAUGAAGAUUGAAUUGAUGGUUUCCAUCUGGCCGACCGUCGAUAAAAAAUCAGAGAACUAUGAAGAGAUGCGCGAAAAGGGCCUUCUUAUUCGUGUAGAUCGCGGUAUUCGAACUGGUAUGGAUUUCGAAGGCGAGACUGUUCAUUUUGAUGCCACAAAUCCCAAGGCGCGAGAGUACGUCUGGGGAAAAGCACGGCAAAACUACUACGAAAAGUACGGAAUUAAGGUCUUCUGGCUUGACGAAGCUGAGCCCGAAUACACGGCUUACGAUUUCGACAUUUACCGAUAUCACCUUGGGUCCAACCUUGCUAUUGGAAAUAUCUAUCCGAGUGACUAUUCCCGGGCCUUUUAUGAAGGGAUGACCCGUGCAGGCGAAACAAAUGUUGUCAACUUAGUGCGAUGUGCUUGGGCCGGCAGUCAAAAGUACGGCGCGCUGGUCUGGAGUGGUGAUAUCGCCUCGUCCUGGGGCAGCUUCCGGAACCAGCUUGCUGCGGGCCUUAAUAUGGGUAUUGCCGGUUUCCCCUGGUGGACCACCGAUAUCGGAGGCUUCCAUGGAGGCGAUCCUAAUAGCACGCACUUCCGCGAACUAUUUGUGCGUUGGUUCCAAUGGGGUACCUUCUGCCCCGUUAUGCGCCUGCACGGUGACCGUGAGCCUCGACAGCCUCAGCAAGGCACGACCGGAGGUGCAUCUUGUUGCAGCGGUGCCGAUAACGAGGUUUGGUCUUAUGGGCCGAAGGUUUAUGAGAUUUGCAAGAAGUAUAUGCUCAUUCGCGAGGAGCUGCGACCCUAUACCAGACGACUGAUGCAGGCCGCCGCCGAGAAGGGGACACCGGUGAUGCGGACUCUUUUCUACGAGUUUCCGGAUGAUGAGAAUUGUUGGAACGUGACUGAUCAAUAUAUGUAUGGCGAUCGGUACUUGUGCUGCCCCGUCCUGACACCUGGGUUGACCAAGAUGAUGGUCUAUCUGCCAUGUCUGACUGCUGGUGAGAAGUGGAAGGCAUUUUCUGGAGAAGAAACCUGGGAAGGUGGCCAAAACAUUGAGGUUGACUGCGUCAUUGACACCAUGCCAGUCUUUUCCCGAGUCGACUGUAUAUAG